CUUUACGCAAAGUUGUCUGUCACGUGUUUUGAUCGCUCACGACAGAGGCACGCAGAGGCUACGUAAAAGCUGAGCUGCGGAGUCUGCGUGCUUGCAUUCCCAGUGGCAAACUUCUUCGCACAUAUUUUUGUAUCGGAGAUUUCAGAAUGCAGACCGCUAAAGUUUCUGAUACUCCCCUGGAGUUCAUUGUGGAGUAUCUGUCCAAAGCCAAGGACAUUGCUGACGGUAAUACCAAUGUCCCUGAGGAGCUGAGGAAUAACCUACAGAAGGCACUGGACAUCGCCAGUGGCUUAGAUAGCUACCUGGAAAAGAUGACCUGCCAGGAAAGUGAGCCCCUGUCUGACCUCUAUAAGAAGACGGUGUGUCAUGACUGGGACCAAGCAUACAAGGAGGGGAAAACUAUGUUCCGUCUUCCAAAAGAAUGCAUCACGGGACACGUGGAAGGCCAGGUGUUGAAGAUGCUUGUGCACAUGUGCAAAGCGAAGAGAAUCCUGGAGAUCGGGAUGUUCACUGGCUAUGGAGCCCUGUCCAUGGCGGAGGCCCUGCCAGAAGAUGGUAGAUUAAUUGCCUGUGAACUUGAGGCUUACCUGAAGGAAUUUGUCCAGCCCAUUUUUGACAAGUCCCCACAUGGCAAGAAGAUUAGUGUGAAAAUAGGGUCUGCAAUGGAUAGCCUGAAGGAGUUGGCAGAAGCUGGUGAUCAGUUUGACAUGGUAUUCAUAGAUGCUGACAAAGGCAACUAUAUCAAUUACUACAAGUUCCUCCUAGACAACAACCUGCUCCGCGUUGAUGGUGUGAUAUGCGUGGAUAACUCUCUGUACAAAGGACGAGUGUACCUGCAAGGCACAGAAGAUGAAAACGGCCUGGCCCUACGGGACUUUAACGAGUUUGUCUCCAAAGAUCCACGUGUGGAGCAGGUGAUGAUUCCUCUAAGAGAUGGCAUAACCAUCGUACGCAGACUUCCCCCCUCACUAGCUACAUGCACAAUGAAUAGGAUAACCGAUGAUGAUGUUUUCCGGGGCUUGAGAGGGAAGCCAAUCCUGGAUCGACUGCGCUUGGACGGGAAGGUGGCGUACGUGACAGGGGCAGGGCAGGGCAUCGGCAGGGCCUUCGCUCAUGCCCUGGGGGAGGCCGGGGCCAAAGUCGCCAUUGUGGAUAUAGACCAGGGGAAAGCAGAGGCCGUAGCAGAGGAGCUUACACUUAAAGGGAUCACAAGUAUGGCCUUGACUGCAGACAUCAGCAAACCAGAGGAUGUUCAGAAAAUGGUGGACGCCGUUGUGGCCAAGUGGGCGACAGUCCACAUAGCAUGCAAUAACGCUGGCAUCAACAUGAAUUCGGCCAGCGAAGAGACCAGCCUUGAGGAGUGGGACAAAACAUUCAGUGUCAACCUGAGGGGAACUUUCAUGUGUUGCCAGGCUGCAGGUCGGGUUAUGCUGAAGCAGGGCUAUGGGAAGAUCAUAAACACAGCCUCCAUGGCCAGCCUAAUAGUCCCUCACCCUCAGAAGCAGCUGGCCUACAACGCGUCCAAGGUGGGCGUGGUGAAGCUCACACAGACCCUGGGCACCGAGUGGGUUGACCGAGGGGUCCGAGUCAACUGCAUCUCUCCGGGGAUUGUUGACACCCCUCUCAUCCAUUCGGAGUGUCUGAAGCCCCUGGUGCAGCGCUGGCUGUCAGAUAUCCCGGCUGGACGACUGGCUCAUGUGACAGACCUGCAAGCUGCAGUGGUCUACUUGGCAUCUGAUGCCUCCGACUACAUGACAGGGCAUAACUUAGUCAUAGAGGGUGGGCAAAGUCUGUGGUAGAGAAACUUUGCCUUUGUUCUCUCGAGCCCAUCAGAGAGAGAGAGAGAGAGAGAGAGAGAGAGAGAGAGAGAGAGAGAGAGAGAGAGAGA